AUGUUCCUAGGCCCGUUAUCGCUCCCGGACCCUUGUGCCCAGGCUGGCUAUUGCCCCGCCUCCCGGCGCCGGGCCUUCGUCUCUCGUCCGCUGCUCGGCGCCCGGGCCCUUUACUGCUUCCGGGCUCCGGCCGUCUCCUGGCGCCCGGACUCACUAUUGUUCCGGUGCCGGGUCUUCUCCUCUCGGCUGGUUCCCGUCCCUCGGGCGACUAUCGCUCUCGGACCAAGUCUCUUGGGUUUCGCCCUCCUCCCGGCGCCCGAGCCCGCUGUCGCCCCCUGUUCCUAA